UUAUUAAGACCUAUAAGGCAGAGUAUAUGGCAAUACAAUUUCAUAGUUGCCAAGUCAACAUGUUCCAUCGCCACUCGUGAUCCAACUCCAAGUUAGACUGAUCACGAUAAGGCAGCGAACGUGAACAUUCUGCUCGAUGUUCGCCUCCAGCGAUCUACAAGUUGCUUCAAGUCUCGUAUGCAUAUCGUCACUUUGCAAUCACGAUUAAUGUGUCACCCAGCGUUUUCAUCCGGCUGCAACUGCUUUGUCUCAACGCUGAUCCACAUCCGCUUCCCUCCUGACUCACAAUGCUUCUCAGACGUCCGUAGCCUCCAUUCCGUUCUUCAGACGGCCCAACGCACCUCGGCUCGGCCAGUUAUCUUAUCCAGGCUCCGCAGCUCUCCAGUGCCGUCCAUCGGCCCGAUUCCAACCACGGACCAAAUCAUAAAUCCCAAACCGCGCCGCGGCGGCGAAUCCUGUCCUUCCUUUCCCAUCGUCAUCCUGACCACCACGACUCUUAGUCUCACGACUCCCACGCCCGCGGCAGUGCACCGUUGCCACCAGGAACACCCCGCGCACACUAGCCGCAUACGCCCACGCACGCUGCCCACCCUUUCAUUAAACGUUCCACUCUUUGUGCCGCUUACCAGCCCGCUGGCACCGGCCUUCCGCGCGGCUAGCAGUCGUUAUCGCGACUGGAUGCGCCUGGGUGGGCAGCGGGGGUGGAGCAUGCAACUGGGCGUUGGGGAGUGGGUCUUGAGUCGUUCUAGAUCAGGGGCGCGCGUAGGGCUGCAGCUCCACGACACGACACUGGCAAGGACGACAAGCACGAUGUGCGGCAGGCACACCCAUGUCUGCGAGGGCGCCGGGGAACCGCGAGGCAGCGCUGGUGGUGUGACGGCGGGUCUGGAAUGUUUUUCGAAGCAUGUGCGAGAUGAAAGGGGAUGUGCUCGCGUUUGCGUUUGCAUUUCCCGCUGCCGCGUUGGCGGUGGGCUGGCGUCCCCUGCGUGCUGAUCUGGGAUACGAUGGGUGCGACGUCGUUGAGGAUUUUCCUUGCGUUGCGGGGGCCCCUGGUCCCCGACAGUCUCGCGAUCCUCAUCCCCUUUCCCCCGAUGACAUCCGAGCUGUGCUUGUGGGUUCUCGGCGCCCCGGGCGAUGGAAGUUUCUGGGCGACUUCGCUUCGUUUCGCCCCGCUGGUGGUGUGGCAGAGAUAUUGGGAACGCCUAAGGCUGCUACAACGCAGCGGGGCGGUUGGGCACAGAACACAUAGGAGAAAGAGGAGAAC